CCCAACAUCUGUAAUAAAGACAUCCAUACGACUUUAAUGUACCCGCCCUAUUCAAAUUGACAUAAGUGUAAGACCACUAGCAACUUUUAGUUAGCAAAUCUUAGCUAUGAAAUGCUUGCACUGAAAAAUUAUCGCUAGAGAAAAAUCGUUAGCAUUUGGCACCAAGGACACAACAUUGCAUUUUAGUGAAAUAGCGAAGUGGUAAUGAAUUUGCGCCUGGCAAAGUGUGCGAAUCGGUUGCUGGCAACAAUUCGCCCUUUAGUAAAUCUGCACCUAUGAAUAGACUCUGUUCCACUGCUGAGUUGUGGACAACUUGUAGUUGUCCACCUACAAACAUUUGACAAUUGGAAAUGCAGGGUAGCUCUUUCUGUCACAACACAACAUUGAACACAAUACAAUACAAAAGGUCUUUACCUUCCUAGACAAAAACAAAAGCUCUAGGCUCAGCUAAUACAGACAGCAGCAAUACAGGACAUAUAUAAAGGCUGCUUCAUCUCUCCAUUCCAUUGCACUGAAACUUCCAAUCAAUCAAAAUGGGAAAGAUCUUCUUCUACGAGGAAAGGAACUUCCAAGGCCGCCACUAUGAGUGUGGCUCAGAAUGUUCUGACCUGUCCUCAUACUUCAAUCGCUGCAACUCCAUCAGGGUACAGGGUGGAAACUGGAUCCUCUAUGAGCACCCCAGUUACAGAGGACACCAGUAUUAUCUCUGGCAAGGAGAAUACCCAGACCUUCAGAGAUGGAUGGGCUUCAAUGACAACAUCAGGUCCUGUCGCUUUAUUCCUCAACACAAUGGCCAAUACAAAAUGAGAAUCUACGAAAGAGGAGACUACCAAGGGCAGAUGAUGGAGUUCUUUGAUGACUGCCCCAAUACUUAUGAUCGAUUCCGUUUCAAUGACAUUCACUCCUGCAAUGUGUUUGAUGGACACUGGAUGUUCUACGAGGAACCCAACUACAGGGGGCGUCAAUACUACCUGAGACCUGGCGAAUACAGGAAAUACAGUGACUGGGGAGCCUCAAGCCCCAGAAUUGGAUCAUUCAGGAGAGUUUAUCACAAGUUUUAAAUCAAUUCAAACAUUUACUAAUAUAUUUGUAUUAGUUCAAUAAGUUCAAUUAAAGGAACAUGC